GUCGCCCCAGACGCUCCCGACUGGAUGCUCCAGCACUUUGACGAGCGGGGCCCGCCAGUGCAGCAACGGGGCCUCGACGCCGCAACUUCCGCCAUGAUGGGGACGCUGCGCGAAGGCGCGCGGGCGGCAGUGGCGGAUCUGCCGGCGCGCGUCGCGAGCCCGACCAGAGGCCGGCAAGGAUGUAAGCUCGGAGCUCUGACCGACAACGGCGCGCACGGGAUUGCGCUGGACAUGACUGCGUGGGGGGCCAAACGCGCUGGCAUCCCCCUCGGGUUGAAGGUCCCCGGCGGUGCUUUUUGGAGCGCGCUGGGUGCGCCGGCAGCAUCGUCGCGCCAUGUUUUGGGCGCAGCUUUCAUUGGCGGCGAGGCCUUGGCUAUAGUUGCGCAGUCAGCCGAGGACCUAGACCGGCACAUUGACCAGUCGUUGUUCAUCGUCUUCCCUGUUUGCGAAAAGCUGCACCUGAACAUCAAUUUUGCUAUGGGGGAGACUAAAGCGCUGCUUGUAUAUCGCGGCAGGGGCGCCAAGACUCGGUGCGACGCUCGUCGGCUAGACGACGGCGCGUUGGACAUUCCCCUGCCUCAGCGCGACUUGUGCAUGCGCGUCGUUGAGUCUUGCAAGCACCUGGGCACGUUCGCAUCCCUCCGCGACUCGUGCACGGCGGCCGUCAACACAGAGGUGUUCGGCUCCAUCGACGUGCAGACGCCGCGCAACUUGAUGUUCAUGCGAUGUCUCUUGUUGAGCAGGCUUCUAUUUGGUGUGGAGGUGCUCAUUCCCACCCUUCGCCAGCUCCGCAGG